GAGUGAAGUCUGAAGAAGAAAUAUGGCAAGCUCUCAGUGCCUCGAAAACCCACCAACCCUCAGCUCCACUUGUGGAGCAGGGACUGUCCAAGAAAUUGCUGGCCUCAACACUUAUGUCACUGGACCUUCUGAUUCUAAGCUCGCUAUUCUUCUCGUUUCUGAUAUUUUUGGCUAUGAAGCGCCCCUCUUUAGGAAACUAGCAGACAAAGUUGCAGCAGCUGGAUUCUUAGUCAUGGCUCCUGAUUUCUUUUACGGUGAUCCUGUUGAUCUGAGCAACCCACAAUUUGAUCGAGAUGCAUGGAGAAAAGUUCAUACCACGGACAAAGGAUACGAAGAUGCCAAACCAGUGAUUGCUGCUCUCAAAAGUAAAGGUGUGUCUGCCAUAGGGGCUGCAGGUUUUUGCUGGGGAGGGAGGGUGGCUGUGAAAUUGGCAAGUACUGACUAUAUUCAGGCUGCCGUUCUGUUGCAUCCUAGCCGGAUCACGGUUGAUGAUAUCAAUGAGGUAAAGAUUCCAGUUGCUAUUUUGGGAGCUGAAAUUGAUCAUAUUACCCCAGCAGAACAAGUGAAACAUUUUGGAGAAAUACUGUCAUCAAAAUCUGAGAUUGAUUCCUUGGUUAAAAUAUUCCCUGGUGUCUCACAUGGAUGGACAGUUAAGUACAAAGUUGAAGAUGAAUCUGCUGUGAAGAGCGCAGAAGAGGCGCAUGAAGACAUGUUAAACUGGUUCACUAAGCAUGUCAAGUGACAGAAUCAGCUAGCCUUAAUGGGGUACUUGCACCAGGAGUCAAGUAACUGGCUCAGUACUAUUUUGAUUAUCCUUGUAAUUUUCCUGUGUUAGUGUAAUCAUUGCUGGAUAUUGGGCUAUUCAGA